AUGGGCGCAACAGACAUGGACAUCGAGCGGAUGCUGAACUACUUCAGCACACCAGCACAGGCAGUGCCGGCCGACGAUGAUGAGCUCGAGUGGACCGCGGAGCAGGGUAGGAAUGACUUCCAGGUGACCCAGAGGCAGCUUCGACGCAGCCACAAGCGGCGAGCAGCACCGCCGUGGAGUUUUCCUCUGGGCUGCGCAUCCCAAGUACUUGUCUCUGUGGCCGCAAGAGCACCUAGGGGUAGGAGCAAUACCUAUACCGGGGACGGAAUCUACUACAUCAGCACAGAUACUGGAAGACUUUCGGAUUCCUUGCCGCCGUCUGAAACGCACGCCUAUCAUGGGGGAUACAGCUUGGGGGGCGUCGAUUGCAGAGCAGAAUCGUAA